CGCUCAAUUUGGAAUCCGCCAUAGUUUCUGAUCGCGUCUUCUCUUCGUGUCGCUUUGCUCUUCGAAAAUGGCUACUGACGGUCAAGGCUACCAAACGUUUUCACCUGAUGAAGGUCGAGCUGUAGUAAUCGGCCUCUCAAAAGCACAUUAUAGGAGGGAUACAUCGCUUGCAUAUUGUUUAGAAGUGCUUGAAAAUGGGGAAGUCACUGGAUUUCCAUUUCGAUUGCACAACGAGGAUGGACGUUAUAUUUGGGAAAACGAACAGCUUCGACACAGAAGUAUUACCCAGGGAUCCCUCAUCACCUUCAAGAGAAGACCAAGUUGGGGUUUUAUCAACCCUUGCUACACUGAGAAUACCGGAAAGAGCUUGGGUAUCAAUACAAUUCUUUCUCAACUACAAUUUGGUAGUUCAGGUUAUAAAGCAGUUGUCUAUCAAGGGAUUGCAGAGGGCUUUCCUACUGGUAAAAUUGAAAAUUUGAAGAUCUAUCAAGAUGUUGAAGAUGGACCCAGUCCUGCUUGUGCCCUCAUCAGUGUGAAAGAGGCAACACUUGAGGACAGAAAAAUCAAAUUUAAAACCCUAUUAGAUGAGGAAUGUUUUUUGAAGAACAACUGCCGAAACAAUGGGGGAGGUGGUGUUGAGGAGCUUCCAUUACCUGUCCAGGUUUCUUUGUCCAAUCAGGGUGUUAGUAAUUGUGUACUGCUGGUCGAAUUUGGAAGUAGACUUGAAUCAGAAUCCUGGGAUUCUGACCGACACUAUGCUGUGUGUGAAGCAGUCUUGAUUAGCCAACCAGGCCCAUUUGCCCUUGGAAGAAGACAAGACAGUUCUGAUGGAAUUUUGGCUGGGUCCUCUCUUAAAAGUUAUGGAAUGAACAGAAACCCUAGAGGGAAGUGUAUUAUCAUAAAUAACUCAGAAUUCCAGGAUAAAGCCUACAAUCGCCUUGGUGCUGAGUUUGAUGAACAAGCCCUGGAAGCCCUCUUUGAGUACCUCUCAUUUGAUGUGGAAAUCUACCAAAAUCUUGAAUCACGUGAUAUGAGAGAUCUUGUAAGGACCAUAGCAAGUGAGAAUCACAGUGAAUCUGAUGCUCUCUUUGUCAUUGUAAUGUCCCACGGAGGAGACCAUGAUACUAUCUUAGGUGUGGAUCAAAGAAAUAUAACUGUUGAAGAAAUGAUGUCCGAAUUUAAAGCUGCAAGGUGCAAAACACUUGAAGGAAAACCCAAGGUGUUUAUUUUUCAAGUCUGUAGGGGUUCUUCCUCAGAAUUUCUGGAGCAUGAGAGACGUCAUAUUGACAACACUGUGAGUAGGCUUUGUGGUGACUCCACCCUCUCAAGAGGGACAAGCCCACAAGAAGCUGAUUUUUUAUUGGCCUUUGCAACUACCCCUGGGUAUUAUUCCUACCGAGAUGAAGAUCACGGUACACCAUUCAUUCAGACUCAUGUGGAAGUUAUUAGAAAACAUCACCAGGAGAGCCAUCUGACAGAGAUGUUGCUAGAGGUAACCAGAUGUGUGGUUGAAAAAGCCGAAAGAGAUGGUUUGCAGAGUUACAUUCAAGUUCCAUCAUACAGCAACUCACUGAGGGCCAAGCUUUAUCUCUGACAGGAUAAUUACACAAAUUGCAAAGCAGAGAGCUAAUUGCUCUACUCAUCAGCAUACCACUCAGUAAAUUCUUCUUUGUUGGGCAAAGAUUGAUCAUUUUUGCAAAGGUAUAAUGUGUUUAUGAGGUAUCGUUGUAUGAACUUAGAGUUCUUCAACUUUUAACUAUCAGAUAUUAGAGUGAAGAUUUUCAUUUCUUUCAAGCCAGAAAUUAGCAGUUAUUAGUAUUUUUUUAAGAACAAAAGUCUUACAUGUAAACUUUAUAUUUUAGUCACAUAGUUUUAGGAAAUUUAUUACCUCUAAUGCACACACAAAAAACUACUUUGUAAGACUUUAGGUUAGUAUUGUCUUUACCGGUCAGGCAAUAAAAAAUGCUUACGUUUGAAGUGCAUGGGAUAGAACAAGCAGUGUACUCAUAGUUCCUUAUUAAAAGAGAAAAAUUUUUUAGUGGUAUAGUCAACUGUAGUCUGAGUAAUGGAAUGUGCAUAAUUUAGUUAUUUGUAACACUUUUGGCCAUAACAUGAUAUGAAAUUAGAUAAAAUACAGUAAUUGUUUCAACAUUUUGUUAUCUUUCAUUAAGGUUAUGAUCCCAUAAUGGACACACCAUGAUUUAAAUAUAGUAUUAUGUUGGUUUUGGUUAACACAAUUUGUUUGAGUUGCUAAUGAAUUCGUUGAUUGAGCAUUUCCUUAGAACUUUCCAGUGGUUUGCCUCUGUAUAUUUUUUCUCAUUUUCGUUGUAAAGUGAAUCUGCCGGGUGUCUCUAUUUAGUGCUGUGAUAUAACUGAACAAGUAAUAAACUUUGAAAAAAUUA